CUCUUUCAGGCGACAAGGCUGUGCAGUGAUGUGCUAUGCAGCUGAAGCAGUGCAUUGCAUGGUUGCCUCAAGGCGCUAGGCAGACUUGUGCACGCGCCCUACCUGCAUCACAAUUAAGCGCCGACUCUGAUGUUGGUUCGCUGACUCUGUUUGUCUUCAGGAGCUCCGUCUAUAUGAAUAUAUAAAGAUAACACGAUGGCGCACAUCACGGCUCAGGAACAAGACGAAAGCGAAUUUCAAAAAGCAAAACAUGAAAUCCCAAACUGACAGCUUGGCUGGCUGGCCAAAAGGAUUCGCUGGCAAGGAAAAGUCCGGCUGCCAGAAGCUGCUCAAUUUGGGCGAUGACUAUAAAUUUAACGUUGCCCGUUUGGUGGUAGAUGAAAGAUUGAAGAGAGUACGCGCCUUUUGCAACAACCGUGAGGUUUUUCAAAGGCUGUUCCGCUUCGAUGAUGACUAUGAAGUCGAAUUGAUGAGCCCCAGCGACAUUUUGACUGUCAAAGAGCUGCAGAAACGAGAUGAACGCCUCGCUCGCACGGCGUCGGCCCGCUUAGAUGCCCCUCCCAACAAGCCGCGGGUCAAGGCGACAAGGCAAGACGCAGAAUGGGACCUUCAAGAUACCCUGAUGUUUUCGGGGCCUCCAAGGUUUCCUUCUGCUGAGCUGCCGACAACUCAAGCGGACCAGCACCAUGACACUGCGAAUUUUGGCAGCAGCUUCCUUUGUGAGCUUCCCGCUACGACCGUUUCUCAUUUCGACGAUGGCCUCAUUCCCGCAGCUAUGGACUCUUCUAGCGGCAAUCCCCACAUGUUGGGGACGAACAGCGUCCAGCCUUUCGAGGAUAUCGUGCAGCCAACUGAGGAACUUAAUGCACUGAUUCCAACUUCCUUCGUGCCCAGAGGUGAUGGCGAUGCAGUGACCGAGGGUGCCUUGAUCCUGGCGUCUCAAGCUCAUAUGCUCUCUCCCCGCACCUUGAUGGACUUCAGUAUCGCGCCCGACAGCACUGAUAUGAUGUUGGACGAUGUUGAAUUCAUCCUCAAUGCAACUUCACCAACAUAUAACAUGAUGCUCAAGACUCCGGCGAUGGCCACGUUCUGUAUCGAGUAGUUCCAACAAUAGGAAGCAACCAUGGCUACGUGUUAUGGUUAGGGAAACGACGCAUCCAACUAGAGCACGGUAGAGGUUUUACAUGCACGUAUGCUUAUCAGAUUUCAAACUUAGGAUUCAUCAAUUAAUUUGGGUGCUUUAAAAUAUUUGGUUUAUCGUCCAUCCUUAUUAGAUGAACGUUGUCAUUUAGCUUCUAGUAGCCUUUAAAAAUGCUAGGAGCGGAGGGCAUCGACAGAGAAGAGUAAUAUGAAAUAGUAGUCCCA